GAAAAUGGCGAUUUGAAUAGUUUUGGUUGUAUGUGCUGAGUUUAAUUACAAUAUCCAUCAAAUUUCAAUAUUAAAAGAAACUCUAAUGAAAACCCUUAUUUUAUUUUAUUUAUGUUUUUUUUAGCUUACAUUUCACCUAAACAGUCAGUGAGGGAAAGUAACUAUAUACAUAUAUACUCAAGUAGCCCACUGUUAAAUUUAAAUCAACUCAUACAUUAUGAUUUAAUACCCAGCAGUAUUCUUUGAGCUUGUAUGAUUUAAUGUUACGAGUUACACCGUAAUGCAGCACUAGGUAUCACCUGAGGGAAGGAGGAAGGAGACAAGGAGACGUCAAGGACACACAAGUUUUACUAUUGGAGCGCACCCCUCCCCCCCCCCCCUGGGUGUGUGUGGUGUGUCUCCCUGUCGAGCGGAAAGCAGAGACCUAAGCACGGGGGAAUUACACUUCCUUUAAAAUGCAUUUGUUAUUUAAUGUAACUAGUUUUCAGACUUUGUAUACAUAACCUCGCGGAUCUACUCGAGCAGGAAGUGGUUAUUUUUAAUUGAUUGACAGGAAGUGCAGAGGAAUGCUCGGGACAGAAAGCUCCAGGUACGAAGAGUUCAAUGAUGAUGAAGACGAAGAUAACCCACAGUCUCCGGGCUUCUUUGAAGACGCCAUCGAAGAGCUGGAGCGCGAGGAUCCGAACGACAGCAUCUCUCAAGAGGAUGACUUCAGGGUAAACGGUCCACCGAGGAGGUUCAGUAAAAUCUGCCUGAAGAACUUCUUCAUGGUGCUUCUCAUCUUCAUCUACCUGCUGCUCACCGGAGUGGCGGUGUUCCUCGCCUACCAGACCAUCUCGGACUUUUUGGAGAAACUCAACCACCCCGUCAUGUCCGUCACCUACAAAGAGGUCGACGUGUUCUCACCUCCAGGUAUCGCUCUGUACCCCGGCAAAGCUCAGCUGCUGAGCUGCAGACAUCACUACCAUGACUACAUCCCGCCUUUAGUGGACCCGGGAAAGCCUCAAGAAGGAGACUGCAGGAUUAACGACGUGACUUACUUCGGUCCCUUCACCAACCAAACUGAGAGAAGAGCUGUGGUGGUCCGCGGCCCGUCGGACGUCAGAAAGAAAGAGCUGAUCUUCAUGCAGUUCAGCCUCAAUGAGACAGAAGAAGACUUCAGCGCCAUCACUUACAUGCUGUUCUCCAAGUUCAGUGACCUGACUGAGAGUGUGAAUAAAUCCGACUUCAUGAGGGACUGUGAGAGGAAUUACUCCAUGUGGACGUUCUCUGGAGGAUUCAGAACCUGGGUCAAGAUGUCUUUAGUGAGGACGUCCGGGAAAAGCAAUGAAGCUGUCGAGUUUCGGCAAGAGUCCGCUGUGGUGAAAUUCAACGACAAACGGCCGGAGUCAGAGAGAAACAAUCAGCUGUUCUUUGCCGUCUUUGAAUGGCGCGACGCUUUUAUGCAAGACAUCAGACUGAUCGUGACUGCGAAUCCCUGGAACUCUGUCGCCAUUCUGUGUGGCGUCUUCAUGGCUCUCUUCAAGGCUGCCAAUUUCGCCAAACUCACCAUUCAGUGGAUAAUCAAAAUGCGUAAAAGGCAUCUGAGAAAUAAAACUCGGAACCAAAUAAAGUGAAACACUUUGCAGAAAAGCACUGAUGACACAAUCUGACACGAUCCAGAUCAACCAAAGGACUUUUAUUUUGGCAGGAUUGUGUUUUGUUAGGUCACUACUUGCAUCAUUGGUAAAAAUGAUCAACACUAACUCUAGUUAGAACAUAAUACUACUGAAUAUUACUGCUAGUUAAUCAUUUCCAAAAACUGGCCAGUUUCACAAGAAUUUACUGUAGCUUUUCAAAAUAAGAGUAUAUAAAUGUUUUGUAAGCACGUGACAUAAAUUGUUGCUGAGACACUCAAAAUGUUUGUUAUGGUUUAGAGCUUUAUAAAGGAUGUUUAAAGUUUCUCUUUUUCAGGAGUAAAACUGAGGAAAUGUGAACUUUGGUCAAAAUGUUGCUGGAUUUUAUUAUCUUAUUCUGAAGGGAAUAUUUCGUGUUUGUGUCCUGUUGUGUUCAAGGAAAUAUCCCCUUCAUGUCCCAAAGCAUCAUAAUUAUAUUUCUAACUCUAAAGGGAUUAUUAUGAACUACUUUUCUUCUGUCUGUAGUCUUUAGAGUCUGCUGUUUAUUUUUCUUUAAGCUAAAUCUGUCCUGUCUGAACUUUGUCUUGUUUUUAAUUUGAUUUUAAUGUUAUGUGAGAAUAUAUGCUCAUUGACUUGAAUUACUGUUAUUGUUUAAUAUUGUAUCUCACUGUUGUUAGAAAUCUUGGAAAACAAAAAAUAUAUAUUUUUAUGCCUGAAUUUUGAACCCAAGAUCUAAAUAUUUGAUCAUAGAUGGAUAAAUAACGCUUUCUGAACUAUAAAAGUGAGCUUUAACAAACUGAAUGUUGUUUUUAUUGUCAUUAUUAGACUAUUCUUGAACGAACUAACAUGCAUGCAGGGAAAUCUCCAUUCUACGCUACUUUAUACUUCUACCCUCGGACAUAUUGUAGUUUUUACUGCACUAUAACUAUUUAACAACUUUAAUUGCUUUGCAGAUUCAGAUUAUUAAUACAACAUAAAUCAUUUAAUAAAUUAUGAUGUGUUAAUAGAGGCUACCCAGCAGUAUAUAAAGUAAUACAAAUGUGCUCCACCUUCACCAGCUGCAGCACAAAAGUGAUGAGCACAUUGUGAUAUAGUAAUACAAUAAACAUUAAAGAUAAUAGGCAAUUUUGCAUAUUGAAUAC